AGAUUAGAUAGGGAUCCACUGCAUAUGUACAAUAAUGGAUUGAAUCAUGAAAAUUAAUCUCCAGUAUCCACUCAUUAUAUUCCCAGUCUUCUCGUCCAUCCGGUUCAAGUGUUAUAUUCCACCAAAUAAGUUCAUGUCUAAAUUACACCAAAUAAUUUCAUUUCUAAUUAUAAAAAACAUCGUAAUUUCCAUCACAAUUUCUGGUGACAUUAAAUAAUUGACUCUUAAUUCGUUCCUCAGACAAGAGGGGAUAAACCCGAAUCAUGCCUAAAAAAUCGCGAAAAGUAAAAAAGCGUCAAGUAAAUUUGACCAUAAACGUUGUGCCUGACUACUCCCGUGCUGGCGAUAGCAUUGUCUACUACCCUAAUAACGUUCUUGGGAAUGGUGCAACAUCGAUUGUAUACGGUGGCUUUCAUGAGGUUCAAGAUAGAAAAGCUGCGGUUAAGCGUAUUCCUAAGAAUCAUUAUAAGAUAUUUGAAAAUGAGCUUGAAGUUUGGAGGAAAUUAACUACUCCAGAUUUAGUUAACAUAGUUGGUUAUUAUGCUAGAUAUGAAGAUACUAAAAAUUGUGCAUACUUUAUAGCAAUGGAAUUGGCAUUGGGAACUUUAGAUGAUGUUGUAACUGGAAAACCUAAUGUCUCUGCCUGGACAAAAGAGUCAUGCAUAAAAUAUUUGAAUGAUGCUAGCCAAGGUCUGGAAUUUUUGCAUGGCAAGAAUAUUAUUCACAGGGAUAUCAAGCCCUCUAACAUAAUGAUAUUUGCUAAUAAUGACCAUAAUGACCUUGCAAAACUGGGUGAUUUUGGAAUAAGCAGAAUCAUAGAGCUGAAUUCUGACCAGACAGAUUCAGUGGGGAAGGGGACCUAUGAUUGGAUGGCGCCCGAGGUACUUCAAGAUUAUAAUCAGGUCAAUGACGACAAACUUCCAAUAAAAUUUCCAAACACAACUGCCAUUGACAUAUUCUGUUUAGGGCAGACUUACUUUUAUGGUAUCUCCCAAGGAGAAAAAUUAUUUGGUAAUAUUGUGUUUAGAGCACACAAUGUAUUAUCUGGAAAUCCUGGAGACUUGAAAAAAAUGAUGAAAAAAAUGAGUGAUAAUGAUAUCCCACUGAUUAAGCUCGUACUUGAAAUGGUAAAAAGGGAACCAACAGAACGUCCGACAAUUCAAACUGUUUUGAAACAUCCUUUUCAUUGGGAUAAUUUUAAGUUUCUGGAAUUUGUACAAGAUGUAGCAGGUAUCUUAGACAAUAAGGUAAAGGAAUUGCAAACACUAGAAGACCUGGACAAAGCGUACAGUAAAUAUCAUCUCCAAGAGACUGGAUCUGAAUUUGAUUUUGAACAAGAAAUGUCCAGCAACUUUGUAGCGUUAUUGUCCGCCAGUUGGAAAAAAAAUUAUAGCAAUGACAGCAAGUCGUGCAUCAAGCUCAUAGAACUAAUUAGAGAUAAACUGGCACAUUUUAGUAGCCAGAAAGAAGAGGUAAAUGAGGAUUGUUACUUUGGAGAGAAUGGGAAAUUUUGCAAGGGGAAAUAUGCUGAGUAUUUUAAUCAGAAGUUUCCACUUCUUGGAAUAUUUCUUCACGAUUUCUUUAAGCGCAACCACCUUGAAAGAUUCUACCUUGAAAGAUUCUAUUAAAGGUUCUAUUAUAGUUGAAUUUUUAAAAGAAGACACCAAGUUUUGAAAACUUGUCAACCAUGAUCCCUCCUCAGUGACCUCGGAAGGCGAUGGUGUGACAUAAAAUUCGAGAUUAAUUGAGCUUUACCUUUAAGAUGAGAAAUUGACCGUAAUUUUACGCUCACCAACGCCCUCCGAGGUCACUGAGGAGGGAUCAUGGUUGACAAGUUUUCGAAAAUUGGUGUCUUCUUUUAAAAAUUCAACCAUGCUUGGAAUGCUUAGCAGACCUUUACCGAUGCGAAGUAUAAUAAAGCUAAACAAAGUACAGAUAUGUAAAAGCACAAACAAUUCAAUUAUAUUCAAGUGUCAUCCUAGGUCAUUUGUAUUAUGUAUAAGUAUGUACAUACGACUUAAGAAGUAAUUAUUAUUUUCAAUUUAUUUUCUCCACAAUUUGAUUUCCAGUAGACCAUUUAUAAAUAACCUGCUUAAUAAUCUUGAUUGAUAUCACAUAUUCUUCGUAAUAUACUGCUCUAAAGACGCCAAUACGCAAUAAAAAAGAUUUGAAGUAA